UCACUAGGCCACAAUUCUCCAAUUACACUUUCCCUAUUCUCUUUAAUAACAAGAAUAUCAAGCUCUAUCAUCGCUCUCUAAAUAACUCCGAUGGGUGGGUUGAAGGUCUUCUUCUUCCACUCUGUCUUCCUCUUCCUAACCAUUACAUCUUGCAACUCCCAUGAAUUUUCAUCAAAGUACGACUGCCCAACUACCAGGUGUUCAAGGCACGGCCCUCAAAUCCGAUUCCCGUUCGGAAAACAAGGAUCUCAGCAUCAAGACCGAUGCAACUACCCAGGCUUUGAGCUGUUGUGCAAGGGCAAGCAGACUGUCCUACACCUUCCAUUUACACGAGAAGUUGAAGUGAGCCACAUAGACUAUGGAUCUCAGAAACUAAGGGUCGUAGACCCCAACGGUUGCAUUCAGGGAUUACUCUUCCAUCCCAAUCUCUCCUCUUCUCCUUUCAGCUAUUAUUCAUCUUCCGGGCCAAUAAACAUUACAGUCGUCAACUGUUUGGUGGGUGUUAGUUUCGGAUACCACGAAAAAUUUGCUUGCAUGAGCGACUUGGAACAUGAUGUUUUCCUUUUACUUUCUACUUAUUGGUUGGAAACCUUGCCCCUGUCUUGCCAACAUGGAGAGUCCAUUGAAGUUCCAUCGCCAUACGUAAUUGAUAAUUAUGUUAAUCUGAAGUGGGACAUACCUGGAUGCAGUCGCUGUGAUGAAGCCAAAAGAUGGAUGUGUGGAUUCAAAGACAAGACCCACACCAAUGAAACUACAUGUUUCUAUUAUCGCAAUGAAGGUUUAUGGAAAAGGCAAGUAAUUAUAGGUACGAGCCUAGGCUCCUUUGUUAUCUUAGUAGCAUUGUUGAUUAGCUUGAAGUUCUACCACUCAUGGAAGUUAGAAAGGGAGAAAGAUAGAGAGAACUGGCUCAAGGUUGAAAAAUUUUUGGAGGACUAUAAAUCUCUGAAGCCCACAAGAUACUCUUAUGCUGAUCUGAAAAGGAUGACCGAUCAAUUCAAAGAAAAAUUAGGUCAAGGAGGUUAUGGAAGUGUUUACAAAGGAACGCUUGCAAAUGGAGAUCUGGUUGCGGUGAAGAUCCUACAAGAGUCAGGGGGAGACGGAAAAGACUUCAUUAAUGAAGUGGGUACCAUUGGAAGGAUUCACCACAUUAAUGUGGUUCGUCUUCUGGGCUUCUGCACUGACAACUUGAAGCGUGCACUCAUCUAUGAAUUCAUGCCAAACGAAUCAUUAGAAAAAUUCAUUUUCUCAGCAGACGUCAAAAACCCUUUGCUAAGUUGGGAGAAGCUUAAAGAUUUUGCAAUUGGCAUUGCUAGAGGGAUAGAGUAUCUUCACCAAGGAUGCGACCAACGCAUCCUUCAUUUUGAUAUCAAACCUCACAAUAUCUUGCUAGACCAUAACUUUAAUCCCAAGAUAUCUGAUUUUGGGCUAGCAAAGUUAUGCUCCAAGGGACAGAGCAUUGUAUCAAUGACUGCUGCCAGAGGAACCAUGGGUUACAUUGCACCUGAAGUGUUCUCUAGGAACUUUGGAAAUGUUUCGUGCAAGUCGGAUAUUUACAGUUUCGGAAUGUUGUUGCUAGAAAUGGUUGGAGGAAGGAAGAACAUUGAUGUUACAGUGGAAAACACCAGUCAAGUGUACUUUCCUGAAUGGAUUUAUAAUCGUCUACAUCAUGGGGAAGAGCUGGGACUCAACAUCUUUGCGGUUGAAGAUGCAAAUAUAGCAAAGAAACUAAUGACUGUGGCACUCUGGUGCAUACAGUGGUACCCGGGUGAUCGCCCUGCCAUGAAAAGUGUGGUCCAAAUGCUAGAAGGAAGCAUGGAAAGCUUGAUGAUGCCACUGAAUCCUUUUGCCACCUCUGCUCCACCAAAUGUUGACACAACUAGCCCUGAGAUAACCCAUGUCGCAAAUUUAACAACUAUAGCAGAACUCGAAGAAGGGAAAGAAGAUGACAUUUCUUGACAUAAACCUCCAAAUUUAUGUCAUUAAGAAUGUUUGCUAUAUUAUAUGUUUGUGAUGGUCUCCAAUUCUAUCUUUGUUAUCCAUUAAAUUGGAGUCCAUUAGAAUAUUAGAAUAAGAACAAUGUGCCUUUGCUUUGUAUUUCAAAAGCUGUCUAUGUGAAUUGAACUCAUUUUAUCUAA